AUGUCCACCGGCAACGACAUCCUGGAACCCCUCUAUCCGUACUUGGCGCAGGUGCAAUCUUUAGCCUCCCCGUACAUCUCGCAACUGGAGACGGUCGCGGCACCCCUCAUCCAAGAUGCAAAGAUACGCGUUGCUGAUCUACAAGAGCUUGCAGCUCCUUACGUUGGCCCACUAUUUGAAUACGCCGAGCGGGUUGAGGAUGCGCUACCUACCUUCUCGUACCCUAUCGCCUAUGUUGCGGCGGCAGCCAUUGUGCUACACGUGGCCAACUAUAAUUUGACCGCUCAGUUGGAGUACCAUACUAGAAUUUUCACCAAGAUCUUUCGUUCGCCCGCGGUAUACUUGUACGCUCUGUACCUCAUUGCCUCCGCAUUGGUCCGCGACCAUUACGUUAUGCAAGCAGUCGAAGGGGAUGUGAACUCGUACAUCUUGUUCUCCAAGGAAGCCGCAAAACUCAUUGGACACACCUUAAUCACGUUUGGGAUACUUUUGAAUCUUUGGACCCUGAAGGCUCUUGGAAUCAAGGGCAUGUACAACGGUGACAGCUUUGGACACUUGAUGGACGCCCCUGUAUCUGGUGGCCCGUACCGUUUCUUCAACGAUCCUCAAUAUGUUGGCACAACUCUUGCUUUGUUGGGAUACGCGGUCAAGUGCCAGUCAUGGACCGGAUAUGUGUUGACGGCGGUUCUAUUCACUACCUUUUGGAUUUCAGUCAAAUUCGUAGAGGGUCCCCAUAUGAAUCGUAUCUACGCGAAUAAAGGAAAGAAAACAACGGCAGCGCAAGGAUCUAAGAAAACGCCUAGGAGAAAGUUUGACUAA